AUGGCGCCAUCCGUCGAUACCAUGAAGCAAGCUGCUGCCUGCGUCUCCAGGAUUCUCGGAGAGAACCAAAUUGAGCAUGCUUUCAUUGGAGGAUUUGCGUUGCGCAUGCUUGGCCAUGAGCGCUCGACUAUUGACAUUGAUGUCGAGAUCGGCAUUGAUAAUGCACAGGAGAUGCGCAGUCUUGUUACCAGAGUUUUACGCGAUGCGGACUCUCGCUUUGUUGUUUCUCACAUGAAGCUUUUCUUCGUCCUAGUUGGAAACGGGCAAUUGCGCGUUCCGGUCGAGACUCUAGCGCGCGGUGCUCUCAAUCUCCCCCGACAGCUUCCUGUCAUUUGCCCUGGCGACGCAUCUGUCCCGAUUCUGCUGCCCGGUGUAUUGAUCCUGACGAAGAUUAAACGCUGCACCCUGUACAUUGGUAGGACCCCUCCGCAGUCCAUUGCCAAGCACCUCAAUGAUGUUCGCGACAUCAUCCAUCUUCUUUACUGGCUGGUCAACCACGAGCAAAAGAUUGACUUCGCCGCCUACGACGCCGCCUUUCCCGACAGACUUUACGAAGCCGUCCGCAAAUUGGGCAAUCGCUGGGUUGAGAGAGAACAGCAUGAAGAUGUUGCACUGCUUGACCGCGUUCUGGAGGAUGGUGACAAGACUGUCAUCAUGGAUUAUGCAGCUGGGUGA